GGAAACAGUAGCUCUACAGAUAUAGUCUCCCACAAAAGUGACUUCUCAUCCGCAGGGCUAUAAACCAAACCCCUUUCGAUCGGUGCAGUUGAUCCUUCAUAGUCUUUCUGUGUUAUUUUCAAGUUGCAUAUGCCUGCUUGAUGCGGUAGAAUCUGCAGUUCUGAAGUCACAAUUAGUGCCCCUAUGGCCAUGAUGGAGGAUUAUGGAACUGCUGCUGCUGCUGCUACUACUGAUCAAGAUGUGAAGAGCUGUCCACGAGGACACUGGAGACCCGCCGAAGACGAAAAACUACGGGAACUUGUCAAGCAAUACGGUCCUCAGAACUGGAAUUCAAUUGCAGAGAAGCUCCAAGGAAGAUCAGGAAAGAGUUGCAGAUUGCGAUGGUUUAACCAACUUGACCCUAGAAUUAACAGAAAGCCAUUUACGGAAGAAGAAGAAGAGAGGCUACUUGCAGCUCAUAGGAUUCACGGAAACAAGUGGGCUUUGAUAGCCAGGCUCUUCCCCGGCAGAACCGACAAUGGUGUGAAGAAUCAUUGGCAUGUUAUCAUGUCUAGAAGGGAAAGAGAACGCUCCAAGCUCUUAAGCAAGAGAAGGAGCUGCCACAAUCUUCUCUUUCCCAACUCAACCGCCUCCUCGUCUAAUGACUUCCAUGGAAGCACCACUUGUUCAACACCUCAACUGGGCUUUGACAACUCGAAAGAAAUCCAGUUCAACUGCAACACCAGCCAGUUAUCUGAAUUUCAAAACCCUCCCAAAGACUGUGCUUUCGGAGGAGUCUCCUCCUCCUCGAAUUCUUCAUCAUCGCCUUAUUUGGAUACUUUUAAUGGGGGAGGAAGGGAUUACCUCGGUUCAAGUUGCAGGUUUUACCUUUUGCAGAGCUCACGUACUCCUCCGUACCAGUCUCAUUAUCCCAACUAUUCCAACUCUUUCAUCUACAAUAGAUACAGGAACUUCAAUAUUGCACCAGGUCUCCCUAACCACAAAAGAGUCAAGAAUGACUUAGGUAGCUUCCAGGAUAGCACAGCCACAUUCCCAAAAUUUACACUGAACUCACAGGCGGAGGAGCAAAAGAAUGAGUCCAUCGAACACAAUAAAGAUGUCCCCUUCAUAGAUUUUCUUGGUGUUGGUAUUUCUUCUUGA